AGCUCGGCGGAUCGGGGGCAAGGCCUGGGAGCGGUGCUGGGGGUGGCCGCGGAUUCGGAGACGGGGCGGGCAAACCUGGACUCGGACCCGAUGGCUCGUCCCAGGCCCCGAGAAUACAAAGCCGGGGACCUGGUGUUCGCCAAAAUGAAGGGCUACCCGCACUGGCCGGCCCGGAUCGAUGAACUCCCUGAGGGAGCUGUGAAGCCUCCAGCAAAUAAAUAUCCAAUCUUCUUUUUUGGGACUCAUGAAACUGCAUUUUUGGGGCCUAAAGACCUCUUCCCUUACAAAGAGUAUAAAGACAAGUUUGGAAAAUCAAACAAACGAAAAGGGUUUAAUGAAGGCCUGUGGGAAAUAGAAAACAACCCCGGUGUCAAGUUUACUGGAUACCAGGCAAUCCAGCAACAGAGCUCAUCAGAAACCGAAGGCGAAGGAGGGAACACAGCAGAUGCCAGCAGUGAGGAGGAAGGUGAUCGGGUAGAAGAAGAUGGGAAAGGCAAAAGGAAGAAUGAAAAAGCGGGCUCAAAACGGAAAAAAUCUUACACUUCAAAGAAAUCUUCCAAGCAGUCAAGGAAAUCUCCCGGAGACGAAGAUGAUAAGGAUUGCAAAGAGGAAGAAAAUAAGAGCAGUUCUGAUGCUGGUGAAGCAGGCAACGACACACGAAACACUUCUUCAGACUCGCAGAAAACUAGUGAAGGGACUUAACCAACAUAUUGACUGCUGCAUAUUAAGGGAAGACACAAGAAGGUUACAUGUUUGGUUGUCUAAUAUUCUUGGAUUUGAUUGAAGUCAGCACAUCUCUUCAUCAGCAGCAUAUAUGUUUGUAUGCACAUUUAGUCACAUUCCUACCCAUUCUGUUCUCAGCAGCAACUUUCAACGUCAUUCCCCCCCGGCCCCUCAAGGUCCUUUUCUAAAUGUCAUUUUAUUUAAUUGCACAAAAAGGCUCUUUUCAAGCAAGACCCAUACCACAAUGGCCAUUUUUAGAUACUUUUUUUUUUUUACAGAAAAAGAAGGGCAAAAUCUCUAAAUUUUAAAAUGAAUCUUAAACAUUGCCUUUUAGAGAACAAGUGAGAAUGAAAAUUAAAUUCUUAGAAAUAAAUGCCCUCUCAUAAAAAGUCACGAGAAUCUCUAUUCUGCUUACAAAUCAUGACUUUUUAAAUUACCCUUUAUCCAUUUGUUGUUCUGCAUUUUUUUUAAAAAAGGGUUUAAAAACGGAGAUGGCCAACUACCAGCCUACGAACUCUUAUUUUCUUAAGCAGUUUCCUCUUCACUGACAUCCUGCUGUUUUUUAGAUAUUACAAAAGAUUUGCUCACAUUUUCAUUUUUAGGGAAAAGGGGAAAAAACAUAUUUUCAGCUUGUAAGAAAAAGAUGUUCCCUCCCCCAUCUCUCCUUGGAUUUUGUAUGCAUUAUGUAAAUGUACAUAUUUUGUAUGUAAAGCAAUGCCAGAACUCUAAAGCUAUGAAGCUCGAAGUCAAGAUUCCAUCACAUUUAUAGAACAUUGAAUUUACAGUGGCAAAAACAUUCCUGCAGUCCACUUUUAACUUCUGUCUGGAAAUUAAAUUGCUCCCCACCCACCAAGAGUACAGAAGUUGGCCGUCUCUGGUUUUAAAACCUAACAAAAUGUACUUGAUUUAUUAUCAUUAUAAAAAAAAGUCAAUAAUUGUAAGAAAGUACCUUUCCUUAUUAGAAAUAUCUAGCUAGCUAUACUCUUAAUACUUUUCAAGAUCAUGACGUAACGUAAAUUUCUCUAACUUAGUUCCUAUAUGUGGAGUUAGUGAAAGUCUUUUGUGUUUCUUUAGAUGAAUACAAGGAGCUUUUUUUCAGGCACCAAUACAAAUUCGAGCUUAAUGUGUUUUUUGGAUACCUUCCAUUUUUAAGCUUAAUUGUGAUACCGAAAGCCCAAUGGGAAACAAAGCCAAAACAUCCAGUUAAAAUAUAAGAAUAACAGUUAUACUGAAAAGCUUAAAAACAAAAAGGGAAAAAAAACCCUGUCAUUUUUCUGUUUUUUUCUACUCUCAGAACUAGAUCUAGACUAGUAAGUAAGCAUUCCAGAAUCCAUUAUUCUGUGUACAUUAUUGUUGCUAUUGUGAGAAUAGAGAAUUUUAUUUAUUUUUUAAUGCCAGCUUUUAUUGUGAAGACAUAUGGGUUUAGUCCGGUUUUAUCAACCCUUGUUAUGCUUGUCCUUGGAACAUCUUUCGCGUACUCAAGGUUUGUAGUUGAAAAGUUUACUGUACAAAAAAAAAAAAAGGAAAAAAAAUCAAAAAACAAAAAAACUAUUGUUUUUACAGAAUAAAUUUAUUGGAAUGUGUAUCAGGAGUAAGGUUUGAGGUUGUAAGCAGCUGAGUUAGCGUCAUAUUUGGCUUCAUACGUGUAAUAAUGUGAGGUAUUCAUGUAACUCGAGUAUUAAAGCAACGCAUUCUGUUAACACUGAGUUGGUUAUAAUAGAACACCAAUGCAGGGGAAAACUC